AUGUCCAAAGGUCGAGGCGCCGGAGGCGUUGAUCAGAUUGUGAAGCUGAUUGUUGGAGCUGGACAAGCCAGUCCUAGUCCCCCAGUUGGUCCUGCUCUGGGUUCCAAGGGUGUCAAGUCAAUGGACUUUUGCAAGGAAUUCAACGCCCGAACUGCGCACAUAAUUACCGGUACACCAACGCCCUGCCGAGUCGUUGUCCGCCCCGAUAGAUCAUUCACAUUUGACGUCCGCACACCACAUACCUCAUGGCUACUCCUCAAUGCUGCUGAAGCCCCAAUGGGAAAGAAGGGCAAGAGAAAAGGGGCUGGAAAGCCCGGCCAUGAGACUGUGGGAACUAUCUCCCUCAAGCACAUCUACGAGAUCGCAAAGAUAAAGCAGAGCGAGCUUCGACUUUCAGGGCUGUCAUUAGAAGGAAUUUGCAGAUCGGCUAUCUACCAAGCAAAGACAAUGGGCAUCGAGGUGGUGGCUUGA